AUGAAGAAAAUGUUUCAAAGGCAAGAAGUUCUGUCAGAUCUUACAAGUCAGGUUAGCUACGACCACUCGACUCGUUCUCUUGUUAUACCAAACUCCGGAGUUGAAGAAAAGCGGGACUUGCCAAAUGCUCUGCUAAGGAUGCCUUCAAUGUGCCCAGAUGAAAGUUGCAGCCGUACAGCCAGAGGAGAGGCUCUCCAUUCACCCCUGCCAUCCAACCUGAAGAUUCAGACAGAUAAGGCUACGAUUUCACCCGAAGAUGUUCUCCCUAUCAUUGCAACUUUCAAGCCCCAGAAUUCUCGCCAUCAAUCUACCAUUACCAAUGCUUCGUAUGUCUUCUUUGGAGAAGAACAAUACAAAAUUCUUGUGGAUGCAAAGGAGAAGGGCGAGGCUAUGAAGGCUGCAGAUCAUACCAUUGGUUUGUUGACAGAGGAUUAUAAUCGAACCAAAAAAUCUCCCACUUCAACUAGAACGAUGAAUAAAGCUAGUGAAACAAAUUCGUUGUCGGAGCCCCAUAACCCGAACGUUACCCCUCUGGAUCUAAAGGCUCCGACUGCGCCUAAGACAAUGCAGAGUGACCAUUCAACUAUCGAAGAUCAGACUCUCCCAACGUCAACUCAUCGUAGCUUCAUCCAUUCGUCACUUUCCCAGGCCCAUGAUAUCCCAACAGAGCCAGCAGCAAUGAGAGGUGGUCAUUUGUCUAGCGAGAGUGAGACUUCCUUGGAGUCAAAUCAACACGAUUACAUCCGUUCGUCCCUCUCUCAAACCAUCCAUAUUCCUAAGGGACCAGCAGCAAUGAUGAGAGUUUGCCUGCCUGCUUCUGACAAGUAA